GGUCGGUUGGUUGCUUGAGAAGAUUAGGGAUCAUUCAGUGACGAGCAAUGUCGCUGCAAUACUUGCAGGACUUUGACUCCAACAGCGCGCAUGAGGAUGUCGUGCUGACAACGUGCUGGACGAGGCAUGGAGUCGUUGUCACAGGCUCACUCGCAGGCGAUAUUCGAGUUUGGGACGCCGCCAAUGGACAACAAAUCGCUGGCAGCUCGAAGCCUACAAGUCCGCACAUCGUCGGUAUCAACUCCUUAUCCGUCUCACAAGACCAGAAGAGGCUUUUGAGCUCGAGCGUGGAUGGUAGCGUGGCGCUCUGGGACAUCAGCAAUGUCAAGGACGACGAUGACGUCGAGGAGCGGAACGCCGUUGCGACUUUAAAGCUCAUCGGCAAGACUUCGUCUCUAGCAGGACUCUCCGAGAACAAGAUCUUGCAUUCACAGGGAGAUGGCUCUUCGACAAAGCAGAAGGGUCUAGAGUCGUUCACCGCUGCUAUACAUCCCAAUGGUCAGCAAUUUGCAACGACAGGUGCCUGGGCUGCCGUCUCGGUCUACUCCUGUGAAGAUGAAGACGGGAGCCGGUUUGCGAAGCCGGUCAUUCGCAUGCAGACGUCGCCAAUUAGUACGAGGGCAAACCAGCCAUCAGGACAGAUCAAUGGUCCCUUUGGGACGAAGCUUGCAUUUAGCGCAAAUGGACAGUUGCUCGCGGUCGGGGACGACAAAGGACAAGUGCACCUUUUCGAUACCUCGACAAAUAAGCUUGUCCUCAAGCUCGCCAAUCAUUCAGCGCCUAUCCGAGCGCUUGCUUUCAGUGGAAACUCGAGAAUUGUCGACAACCUCUUCAUUGGCGGCGACGACUGCAUCAUCACUAUCCAUGAUGUCAGAAAUAUUGACGGCUCACCCACUGGUCGGAGCGUUGGCAGUCUCAACAGCCACAAGGCGUGGAUCACCGACCUUCAACCCUCUGCCGAUGGCAGGCUUUUGGCGAGCAGCUCCCUCGACGGAACGAUCAGGAUAUGGGACCUCAAAGCUAGACCCAAAGCGUGUGUGUGCACGAUCAGCCAAGAUUCACCGCCUUGGGCUCUGGCAUGGAAGGCCACGUCAGAAAUUUCCCGUCAAGCAGUGACGAACGGGAGCAGCAGCAUGACUGCUGCGAGUGCCAGUGCUCGAGAUGCUUCGGCUUUCGUCACGGGCAGCGAGGACGGUUUGGUCAGGUGGUACCGCGCCGCUGGCGUUGCUCCUGCAGAGACAUAGGUUUCCCUUUCCCUCCCAUUCACCGAACAUUCAACCCUUUGUACACUAUCAAGACUCAACAACGACUACCAGUCAAGCUUCACCGUCAUUGUCACCGUCACCAUCACACAAAUAAAACUUGUAUUUUGAAUACAAUAAACGCGU